CAGUCAGCUGACUAUGGAGCUCCAGAGAGGAAAGAUGUGACUUUUACUUUCUGACUCUGAACACAAAGCCGGGGAAAACCCAGGAGAACCGGGGAGAACCCGCUCUGAGACUGAGGAACCAAAGCAUGAGGAUCCGCUCUGAGCACGGAGAUCCCCCGGACGCAGCGCGGGCAGCAUGCUGAGGCGGGCCGGUAGCUGGAGCUGGAGGUGCGGGCAGUGAAGAGCUCUGAGACGGGCUGUAGUGGAGCUGUGGAGGAGCUGUAGUGGUGGAGCUGUGCUGGAGGAGCUGUAAGGGAGCUGUGGUGGAGCUGUGCUGUGAGGAGUUGUGCUGUGAGGAGUUGUGCUGUGAGGGAGCUGUAAGGGAGCUGUACUGGUGGAGCUGUGAGGGAGGCUGCAGGGUGAGGAAUCAUGCCGGACUCGGUGCUCUCGUUGCCGCAGCGCCUCAGCUACGCUGUGGGACACUUUCUGAACGAUCUGUGCGCCUCCAUGUGGUUCACCUACCUGCUGGUGUUCUACCACUCCGUGCUGGGCUUUAAGAACUCGUUCGCGGGGGUUCUGCUGCUGGUGGGGCAGAUAGCGGACGGGGUCUGUACCCCGCUGAUCGGAUAUGAGUCUGAUAGAACUCCGGGCUGUGGGUCUUAUGGAAAGAGGAAAACCUGGCAUUUAGUGGGAACUGUGAGUGUCCUGCUGUCCUUCCCCUUCAUCUUUAACCAGUGUAUUGGCUGUGAUCAGAGCACUCCACAGUGGGCCGGACUCGUCUACUUCAUCCCCUUCAUCAUCAUCUUCCAGUUCGGCUGGGCCGCCACCCAGAUCUCCCACCUGUCACUCAUCCCUGAGCUGGUGUCAUCUGAACAUGAUAAAGUAGAGCUCACAGCGUACAGGUAUGCUUUUACUGUGGUUGCGAACAUCACAGUGUACGCAGUCGCGUUUAUCCUGUUGCAUUUCCAGUCUGGAGAAGAUCCCUCUGCUGUGGAUGAUCUGGGACCUGAGGACAUUCCUGUUUUCAGAAAUCUCAGUCUGAUCGUGUUGGCUAUCGGAGCCGUGUUCUCGCUGGCCUUUCAUCUGGGCACACGGGAGACGAAGGCUAAGCGCAGUGAGGAUGAGGAGGAUGGAGAAGGAGAACGGCAGCCUCUUCUCACCAGGAACGCCCCCUUCUUCCAACUGCAGUGGCAGCACUGGCUCCGAGAGCCCUCCUUCUAUCAGGUGGCUCUGCUUUAUAUGUGUACCAGGCUUAUAGUGAACCUGUCACAGACCUAUAUCUCCAUGUAUCUCAUCAACUCACUCCUACUGCCAAAGAAGUACAUCGCUACCAUACCGCUGGUGAUGUACGUGAGCGGCUUCGUUUCCUCCUUCAUCAUGAAACCGCUCAGCAAGAGAAUAGGGAAAUGUAUGACCUAUUUUGUGGGUCUGGUCCUGAUCCUGGUGUUCUCCUAUUGGGUGCUGCUGGCCACUGAUAUGAGUGAUGCUGUGUACGGAGCAGCGGUGCUGCUGGGGGCGGGGUCAGCCACCAUCCUGGUCAUGUCUCUCUCCAUGACUGCAGAUCUCAUAGCGGAUCAGACGCAAAGUGGAGCGUUUGUAUAUGGAGCCAUGAGUUUUACUGACAAAGUAGCCAAUGGGCUCGGGGUCAUAAUCAUCCAGGGACUGCACCCGUGCCAUACUCAGGCGUGUUGUCCGGCGUGUGUGUGGUAUUAUCAUGAGGUGAUGGUGAUUGUGACGGGUGGAGUCGGUGUUGUAGCAGCGCUGAGUCUCUGUUCUAUUCUCAUCUGGCCAAUUAAGAUCAUGCGUCUGUCGGCGGAACAGCAGGUAAAUGGGUCUGAUUUUGAUCAGGCCGACGGACUAAGCGUGAUGCCCGGUCUGAUGUCUUCAGAUGGUGAGGACUCAGACACCAGCAGCAGUACGGAGGUCAUCAACUGAGCUCAUCCUAUCAGAGGAGGACUUUUGCACAUGCUCGCUACGCUUACUACAACAUUCCCUGCUGGGAUGAUCCGGCCUGGCAGGUGCAACUGGAAUCUGUUAAACAUGCUAUAAAGUGGGCUGUCGAUGCUCACAAUUACACUCCUUCAUAGCAACUGUUGCAAGGUUGGACAAGCUUUAUAUAGAAACCACCUCCUUGUUUCUACACCUAUUAUCCCAUUUUUUUCAGCUCCAUUUAUCAUAUAGAACAGUUUGUAGUUCUAUAAUAAUUACAGACUGUAGUUCUGUAUCUGUUUCUCUGUAUACUUUUUUUAUUAUCCUCCUUUUACCCUGUUUUUUAAUAAUCAGGACCCCACAGGAGAGAAAACCAUCACAGAGCAGCUAUUUAUGGUAUUUUUUGUGUCCUGUGGGCAGGGUCCUGUAUCCUCUGAUGAAGGACAAGACAAUGACCAACACUGUAAACUCUGCAAAAAGACAUUCAGAACUUCUGUCUCUGACUUUACUUCAUCUACAAGGUAGAGCAGCUGUAUAGGUAGGAGUGUCUAAGGCCCAAUCCCAUUUCACCCCUCGGCCCUACCACUUACCCCUUGCCCUUCUUUUCGAGUGUGAACCCUCCCCUAAGGAUUGGGAAACUCUUCAAGCACCGGCUACAUCAUCAGGAGCGCUAAAGUUCAGUAACCUAUCUGCUGCUGCUGGUUAACUAGUUAA